AUGUUUCGCGCACAGCAGAAUGCUUUCGAUGAUGCGGUCGCCAAGGCGACGGACGAGAACUUGACCUCCGAGAACUGGGAAUACAUUCUGGAUGUCUGUGAUAAAGUUGGUGCUGAGGAAUCAGGCGCAAAGGAGGCGGUUGCUGCCAUGAUUAAGAGACUGGCGCAUAGAAAUGCCAAUGUGCAACUUUAUACUCUUGAGCUGGGUAAUGCCCUCUCUCAGAAUUGUGGCCCUAAAAUCCAUCGCGAGUUGGCAUCGAGGAGCUUUACAGAUGCGCUUUUGCGCCUGACAAAUGACCGAAACACGCAUCAACAAGUCAAGUCUAAGAUCUUGGAGCGCAUGGAGGAGUGGACUGAGAUGUUCUCAUCGAACCCUGAUUUUGGGAUCAUGGAACAAGCGUAUAUGAAGCUGAAGUCUCAGAACCCUAAUCUGCAGCCCCCAUCUAAGCCUGUCAAAAGUGCGAUCACGGACAUCGACCGGCAGAAGGAGGAAGAAGAAUUGCAGAUGGCUCUGGCUCUCUCUGUUAAGGAUAAAGCUCCCCCCAAUUCCUACAGCCCAGGCUGGGCCAUCUGCGGCGGCUGCAGCCGCGGCCCUGAGCUUCAGGCUGCGGCCUCUGGCCCUGUCCCAUCAGGUACCUCAGCCGCUACUGUAUCGCGCGUCCGAGCUCUCUUCGACUUCCAACCUUCCGAGCCUGGCGAGCUUCAAUUCCGCAAGGGUGAUAUCAUCGCUGUCCUGGAAUCCGUCUAUAAAGAUUGGUGGAAGGGUUCCUUGAGAGGGCAAACCGGAAUCUUCCCUCUUAACUAUGUUGAGAAACUAUCGGAUCCAACAGUUGAGGAGUUGCAGCGUGAAGCCCAAAUGGAAGGCGACGUCUUUGGCCAGAUUAAAAACGUUGAGAAACUUUUGACAUUGCUAAGCACCCGAAGCUCCGACCUUAAUGUCCAGGAGAAUGAAGAGAUUACAACUCUUUAUCAUUCCACCCUUGCUAUCCGGCCAAAGCUCAUUGAAUUGAUUGGAAAGUACUCACAGAAGAAAGAUGAAUUCACCCAGCUCAACGAAAAGUUUAUUAAGGCCCGCCGCGACUACGAGUCACUGCUGGAGGCUUCUAUGACACAGCCGGCACAGCCUUAUGGAAGACCUGGCCAGCCGCAGUAUGGUUAUCCAGGUGCUGCCCCCGGUGGCCCGGCUGCAUACCCUGCACAGCCAGAUCAGCGAUACCUUAGCCCUCGGCCUCAAGAUUCUCAGCCCCAACAAUCGCAGCCAAAUGCCUACUACGGUGCCGCUGGUGCGGAGCAGACCAUGCCGUAUCGCCCUGCAUCUCAUUCUCCCGAUGCUCGAGCCCAGUUUGCCGGAGGAGUGCCACCUCAGCAACAACCGACACCGCAACAGGCACCACAGUCUGACCCUUACCAACCCGUGCACCACCGUCCUCAAUCUACAUACGAUCACCCACAGGAGCUAGGAACUUCUGUAUACGACUCGCCCGUGGAGCACCCGACCGGACAGCGUCCUGGCUACCCUCCUAACGGCCAGGUACCUCCAGCUAGUCACCAGCAAUAUCCACAGGCGCAGCAAUCGCAAGGACAGGAAUACUCCCCAUCGGUCUACGAAGACUCAGCUCAACAGGUGCCACCUGCAUCUCAAUACCCACCCCAGCAACAAACCCAGCAUCCCCCCUACCCCAAUUCUCCAGCUCCUCAUCAACCCCCAUCAGCACAGCCCCCUGCCCAGUACACUGCCUUUAAUCCCACGACUUCUGCACCCGCUGCUGGAGAGUACCAGCCAUACCAGGCUCCCCAAGGCGGCGUGUCUACAUCGAAUCCUGCUUCUUUCUACAGAUGA